GCUUUCUCCUUCGCGAUUUCAUUCCCCUUCGUGUCGAUCUUCUUAUCUCCCUCACCUCACCGCUUCCAACUCUGUUCCCUCAACGUCGAUCUCCCCACGGCAGCUCUAGCAUUCUUCUCCGUCGACCUCUCUCCGUCUCUUUCGUCUACCUUAGGGUCUUUCUCUGUUUUCUUUAAAUCUUUGAUCAGUGGCAAUAAGUCUAAAUUCCUAAGGUAAGUCUUCACUCUUCUUAAACUCUGCUACUUCUUCGUUCGGUUGCGAAAUGAGAACCGUUCAGGUUGCUUUGCGAACUCUUGGCGGUGGCUUAUCACGAGGAUUAAAGCAACCUUCUGUGCUCAGAAACCUUUCCACAAACGCCGCUCGUGGUAGUGGGUUUGACGAUGAUAACAAGGGAAACCCUGAUUCGUUUGAGACUGCUGAUGACUUCGAACGUCGGAUUUUUGGGGGUGUUUCUAUGGCGGGUUCCGGAAAUGAUGCUUUCUUUGAAAAGUUUGAUAGACUUGGCAAGCCUCGUGAAAGAAUAGGUUCAAAACUGAGUGGAGGAAACAAUUUUCAAGCGUUGCGUGAUCUUGAAGAUAAUUUUGACACUCUGUCAGAUGGUAUGGAUGGCAAGUUGAAGAAAGCAUCCACUUAUUUUGAGGUUGAUCCAGACGAAAUAGAAAAGGAUGAUUAUGCUUUCAGAGCAGAUAUGUCUUUCAGGCCUGGAUCAACAUACACUGUCAAGGAUCUGGAUCUAACAAGGCCAGGUGUUCGUAAACCUCCCAAAAGGGUUGGGUUUCAGGUUACAACGGAGGAGGCCUUAAGAAAAGCUGAUUUCAGGAAUGUUAGGUUUUUGGCGAACUUUAUAACUGAGGCUGGGAUCAUUAACAAGAGGAGCAAUACACGUAUCAGUGCCAAGGCACAGAGGAAAGUUGCGCGUGAGAUCAAAACUGCACGAGCAUUUGGCUUAAUGCCCUUCACAACCAUGGGAACCAAAUCAUUCAUUUUUGGCAAAAGCAUGGAGAAUCUUGAUACGGACUUUGAGUAUGAGGUUUUUGACAAUGAUAAUACUGAUGCAGAUGGAGGACGCAUGCUCAGAUCCUAAAGACCAUGCUUUUAGAUGGUUGUGUAUGUGAAUUAUUUCCCUCACCCUUAUCUUUCUCCGAAGUUAGUAUUCAUCUGCUGCGAUGGACCCGAUCAUACAUACUCCAAACUUGUUGUGGCCGGGAAGGGAGUUAUUGCAGAAACUUCAUAGUCAUAAUCUUCUCAUCGUGAUAUUCUAAAGUUUUGUUAUGUAUAUUUUAUGGUUAGAAGGCAAUUACUCUUUUUUGGAUUUUUUUCUCUUUUGCCGUAUAAUUAAUUAUUAUGUGAAGGUGAGAUAACUCGUCAUGCAGAAAUUGGAGCAGUUUGUCAAUCUUUCUCCAGAAAUCAACCCUCGGAUGCCUGUUUUGGGAUUAGUUAUUACAUUGACAUGUUAGGCAGAAUAAAACUAGGGCCAUCACACUGAGUUAUGAAGAACAACGUUCUUGUCAUGGUUGCUUUCUUUUGGAAUCAAUGGCGUAUUAACAGAAGGUUUUUAA